GUGCUCAACCUCAAGUCUAUGUGUUUAAAUAUGGGCACUUUAACGUCUGGUAGAAAGUUCUACCUCAUCGUUAUAUACUAAUUAGCGUACAUUAAUGUAUAAAUGACAAUUGUCAGCGUUUAUCAUUGUCAACAGCCGAUGUUUAUUAUUACUCUAAGAAUUGGUGUUGAAUUCGCACAAUUCGUAUCAGAAGACUUAUGGAGAAAGACCAAGUCACAAUUUGCAAAUCUGGAUAGUUCCUUCAGAAUAGUGAAAGUUUUGGUUGAACCACGUUGUCAACUUACUUUCCGGUGGUAGGGUUUUCUUUUUAAUGCUCAAACCUUAAUUCAGUAGAUACGUAUUUGCUAAAAUAAGGAUUGAGCACUAAAAAGAAAACCGUAUACGGCUCUAAAAAUUAUUUUAAAUUGAUUACCAUCAAAUGAUCUUCCAGGAGUAAAUACACUUGCGCGUCACAAAAGCAGAUAGAUCGAGGUUUAUGUAUAUUAUUUUAUUCUGCUGUAAUGCUUCAUGUGCUAUGGACAGGUUACAGCAUCUCCGUAUAGCAACUCAUUAAUAAAAUGGGUUUCAUAUAUCUUUUUUCUGUUUUCGUUAACGUUUGUCUUAAGCCUACACACAAGAGCUUAGUUAGUUAGUAAUUCCCAUGUGUUCAUAUUAAAUUCCGACUUUUAACAUGUAUAUGAGAAUGUUGUUUAGUUAUGUAUGUAAAGCAUUCUUUUCUAACUGCUCAUUAACAGACUUUUUACCCGCCUCACUACUGGCUGUACAUGUUCACCUUUUUUAUUUGCUUGCUCCAGACUGCCUACUAGCCAACGAUUGUACGUGGAUUGGCUUUUUUCCUCCUGCUGUUGAGUGACUAAGUACACUGCUUAAAAAUGAGUUCAUGUUGGAACGAAACCGGUUGGUGGGCUGAUCAAGAAGAAACCGAACUUUCGUAUGCUCGUGACAAACUGGAUUCGUUGCUGCAGAUCUUAAAAGAGGACCCAGCUAAGACCAAGACCAGCACCAAGUAUAAGGAUGAAAUGGCUGGUCGGCGAGAUUCUUCAGAAAAGGAAAAGUUUAGGAGUCCAUUUUAUAAAGUAUCUCCGAAUGAUAUUAAAAGGAAGAAACGACGAGUACCAUCUGAAGAAGAAGAAACAUACAAAGAAUCAUUUGUCAUAAAGGUUUUUGAGAGAAGUGUGGACUUUGGACAGUUUAGCGAAAACGCUCCUUUGUAUCCAAUGGCUAGAUCUUGGAUACGUAAUCUUAAUCAGGGUGAUUCUUCAUCAUGGAAUGAUGUUCCAAAUGUUGAUGAUGACCAGGAGAACAGUGAUCAGUUGCCUGACUGUCAUUACACGCUACCUAAGCCAAGUGACGGAUUGACCGAUAAUGACAUCAGGAUACCGCCUCCUCUCCCAUCGGACGGUCAGCCAUUCCUUAUAAACGUUGAGGUAAUUUUCGGUGCUUUUGUCAACAUUCUAAAAACAUUUAGAACCCACCUAAGGAAAUGUCUCCUGAAGGAUUAUUGGAACAGCACAUUGUCCGUUGGAGAGAAAUCCGAAGAAAAUGGAAAGCUGCCUGUCGCGAUAACGAAGAACGGUAUUUGGACUCUUAUCUUAUUCUCAAAGAAACGUAUGACAAAUUCUGCAAGGACAUACCAUAAGCUCCGUCUUAUAAAAUAAAUGUAUU